CUGGAAAACAUUAUGCGAGACGACCCCCCCAAAAAAAUCUCUUGUGACCCACCUAAGGGGACGCAACCCAGUCUUUGGGAAACAAUGCUCUAUGGCAUAUACGACUAUAUAUGACAAGUAAAGUUUGUACGAAAGUUAUAGCACCCCAUCUGGUCAAAUUCUCCUCCAACUGACUGGAUCUUUUGUUACGCAGACUGACAUAUGACAUAUCUUCUUAUAGAUGUUGUACGUCUUUACUGUGCACAUACAGAUCGUGUCCUAAAGAAUGCUAAAGGACAUAGGACUGAUAGGAACCGAUAACCCUGAUGUCGGUUAGGAACUUGUCACCGAUACCGUUUUACUUCUUGUUUAACUGCACAGAUGAGGAACAACACACCUUAGCCUCAGGUCAUAUUAGUGGGGACACACACAACGUCACACACUUACACAACGGCUAAUUUUGUGUUUAUACCGCAUUUUGAAUACUGUACGCGAUUCAUGCACAGUUACAUAUAUAUAUAUAUAUUUUGGUGUUGUGUAUUUUAUGUUUGGGUCAAAUACACAAUACACAGCUGUGUUUAGAGGAGUUGAUAUAACACGGAAAUAAAUCAUCUACAUCCAGAGGGCUUUAAAUAAUUGGGCGUAGGAGGAUGUGUGAUAGGAUGUGCUGGGAGGAGGGACAAAAGUUGGGAGGGAGAGAGAGCGUGAGGAGGGCUCAGGUGUCACGUUACCUGCAAUAUUUCAAGUUAGUUUGGUUUUGUCAGCAGGGCUUGGUCCUCCGGCGUCGAAACGCAGGGCUGUACACAAGAGCAGUGUUUAUCAACGCUGUAGAGAGGGACGACCAAGGCAACCCCUAAAACCAGAUUAAGUUACACUGCAAGAGAAAGGAAAAGGGGUGAGUGAGUGAGUGAGAGAGAGAGAGAGAGAGAGAGAGAGAGAGAGAACAAGAGCAUAUUGCAAAGAUAAGGCGGGAAGAGGACAGAGGGAGAGGACAAGGACCAAGGACACACUCAGGACAGCGAGCUUCUGAGGAGUUCCACCUCCAGACGAGGGGGACAGAGUUUGACUCUGCGCUGCCUGUCAGAUGAAGUGCAUCUGAAACUAGCCUGGAAUAGAAAAGUACAUCAUGUGGACCAUCGCUCAGGUGCCAGAGGAAAGCGCUAAACCAUUGAAUCCCAGGACGACAGUGGUUCCACGGCCAGGCCGCCACAGAAAACCCAUGACGGCUACAAAGACUCCGAAAGACAAGGCGCCUAAGUGCAAGAAAGUGCUGUUGACUAUACUGACAGUCGUGGUCUUACUGGGAAUAUUGAUCACAGCGGGAUAUUUCAUCAAGCGGCUGAUAGAGAGCAAGUACUUCUUCUGUAAGCGUUCCUUCAAGUUCAUCCCCUUGGACAAAACCUGUGACGGCAUCGAUGACUGUGCCGGAGGAGAGGAUGAAAUUACAUGCUUGUCGAGCUUCACCGUCAACGCUACCUAUCCAGUCCGUCUCAUGACGAGUAGGCAAAUCCUGCAGGUGUACAGUCCCAGCUCAGGCUGGAGGAGUGUGUGCAGCGAGGAUUGGACUGAAAAGCACACACAGACCGCGUGCAACCAACUGGGCUACACAAACAAACCCAAAAGCACCAACGUCCAGGUGAACACUCUAAUGUCAUCCAUGAAAAGUGGUCCAUUUGCUGCCGUCAGACCUGCGACUAAAACCACACCCGUACAUCAGGCCACGACCGAGCGCACUGUGUGCAGAUCUGGAUCGGUGAUAUCUUUGUCUUGCUCAGACUGUGGAGAAGUGGGCUUUCAGGACCGUAUCGUGGGCGGCACAGACGCACUCAUCGAAGACUGGCCGUGGCAGGUCAGCCUACAGCAGGGGGGUCAACAUACGUGUGGAGGUACAUUAGUGUCGCCACGCUGGGUGGUCACUGCUGCCCACUGUUUCACGGGGAGUAAUAGGGAGCUGAGUCGCUGGAAAGUGGUGACGGGACGCACCUACAUGGGCACGCUGGGGGGCACGUCUGUGGACAGAAUCAUAAUGCAUGGAAACUAUGAUUCAGCCAGAAACGACUACGACAUAGCACUGAUGAGACUCAGCAGCCCCGUCACAAUAGGAGAGACCCGCAGGCCGGUUUGUCUCCCCCCUAAAGCCUUUGGUGUUGCUGCUGGAGCCUCCUUGACAGUGACUGGCUGGGGAUACCUGGAGGAAAAUGGUAAUGUUUCUCCUUCACUGCAGAAGGCCAACAUCCCUCUGAUCGACCACAGUGUCUGUUCUGGUCCCACAAUUUAUGGCAGUUCCAUUACCCCAAGGAUGAUGUGUGCUGGUUUCAUGUCAGGGGGGAUUGAUGCCUGUCAGGGGGACAGCGGAGGUCCUCUGGUUCACUACACCGCCUCCAAAUGGCAUCUAAUGGGAGUGGUCAGCUGGGGCGUCGGCUGUGCACAAGAGCGCCGGCCAGGUGUUUACUGCAACGUGGAGGAAAUGCUCGACUGGAUUCACACAGUUGUAGAGAAAAAUCCCUGAGAGAAGCAGCCACCAGAGGUCACUAGUCCAGUCAGCUGCAGCCAAACUGACAUUGAGGAGGAUGAAAAGGUGGAGGAGGACUCUUCUCCAGAAAGACACGCAUGAACUGUUAACACAGGCCUGAGCCAACAAAUACACAGACACACACACACUUUGUUUGUGCCAUUUCAAGUUCUUAUCUCAGGGGGAAAGUGUUCUUUUAUAUAACAGCCUGUCGUCACUGUGUCAAAGGUCUAAAGUUUUAAAGUGGUGGGGUGAAGGCUUAACUGCCGUGUCGGAUGUGCUGAUCUCAGGCAGGAUGUACUUGACAGCUUUGGUUUUAGGUGUGAAAUGCGUUGCUGAGAGAUUCUGGGUGUAAAUGCAGUGUAAUGGAACUGGUCAGUGGAAAUGUAGGCCUGAAAUCUGUAAGGAUUUCUUUUAAACAUGCACUUUAAUCUGAACGUGAGAAUUUCUUGGCCGUAUUGUGUUUGUGUGCCUUAACUGCACUGAAAAUAAUGACAACACACUCAUGUGAUUUUUGGUUUUUUUUUAACUGAAGUGCCUUCAAUGUGCAAUAAGUCAAACAGAUCCAGUGUGACUUAAUGAAAACAUUCAGGGUGGUUAUUCAGUGUUGUUGCCCUCCCAGCUGGAGGAUAUAAAAGUACAGAGUAGGUUUCUUUAUUUUUAAACUGUUCUAUUUGUGGCAAUGCAAAGACUUUUUUUUAUCGUUACCCUGGUCUCCUUGGAAACCAGAUGGAACUUUGUAAAUGUAAAAAUGUUGUAUUAUAUAAUUGUUUUAUACAAUAAGCACACAUUGUGGCCCAGUUCCAUCCACAUUGUGGAUGCUAGCUAAAUGUAUUGUAUGAGAUAUAUGCUGUUUUUAAUUCACAUGUAAAUAUGUUGUAAAUAUAAUAAAAACAUUUCUUUCAUUCACUUUUUUUUAUAUUACUAGACAAUUUAAAACCCCCAAUCAUUUUACAAAAUUAUACAUUAAAAAUAUUUUAGUGUUUUGGUAAAAAUGCAUCAGGUAUGUAUUACUAUUUUGAGACAAAGAAAAUGUUAUGGAAAAAAACUUUUUUAUUUUCCUGAAUAUCAGAGAACAACAUCAGCUAAUGACAAAUCAUUGUUUUAUACAUUAGCAGCUAAUCGGUGUUAAUGAUCUGGAAGUUUGGAUGUGAACAGCAAAAACAACUGUUCCUCAAUGGGCCGUGUGGCUGCAGGUUUUUGUUCCAACCAACGAGGAGCUCACAGUUUGACCAAUCAGGUGUCUGAGGACUGAGAACACUUGAUUAAAUGUAUUAAGUCAGGUGUGCUACUGCUUGGUUGGAACAAAAACCUCCAGCCACAGCGGACCUGUGUGGAACUGUUUGGGCUCUGUUACAAGAAGAUUCUGGAACAAAA